CUCACUGCACGAUCUUGUUGGUUUCUGUCUGCAACGAGGUCUGCUACAAAAAGAAUCUUUUACUACCUAUUGUCAAAUACUUUCCCACAACACUCUUCGCCAUGUCCAUAAUCCCCAUCCUCACUUUCAAAGCGGGUAUCUGCGACUUGGAUACCUCCAACUCUCCUUUCCAAGUUAAGCCGAAGUCAACCCCAGGCUACAUCUAUCUUUACUCUGAAGAUGAAUUGGUCCACUUCUGUUGGCGUCCACGCUCGGCACCGCUUUCAGAACCCGAGCUGGAUCUGGUGAUGGUCCCUUCUGAUGGCAGCUUUGUGCCGUACAAACCAGCUGGCAAGGAAGCACCUACAAACGGGCGGAUUUACGUGCUGAAGUUCUCGUCAAGCUCCCAACGCUAUCUCUUUUGGCUGCAAUCCAAGUCACAACACGAAAGAGGAAACCCGAGCUGGUUCAGUCCUAGAGAUCUCAAGCUUGGGGAGAUUGUCAAUGCACUACUUCAAGGAGAGGAUGUUGACGUUGAAGAUGAAAUCGCCAAUCUUCCUAGAGGUCAUGGUGGUGGCGAGGAUGACGACGAGACCAUGGAGGAUAUCGAAGGCACACAUCAUGACCCAAACCACAAUCAUGGAGGCAGUGGUGGAGCAGGUUUUGAUGCGACAGGAGGGGACAUUAGGGAAGAGGGCGAAGAGUCGAGGGAGGGUGGUGCCGAUGGCGGAAGAGCAGCAACUGCAGCUUCAGAUCCGUCCUCGGUUGUGCAAGGCUUUCUGAGGUCUCUCCAAGGAAACCAAGAUUUGGCUCAGGGUCCCGAUAGGACUUUCACUACUUUGCAGGAUCUCCUCCCUCCUUCGUCAACGCUUCCGUACAUUGAAUCCGCAGACACAGAAACCGUGGACAACCUUCUAAACUUCCUACCAUCCUCUCUUCUACUACUGGCACAGGAUAUUGGAGACGUGUCUAAUGCCGAGCCAGAACUCGCGGAAGCGAUCAAGCAAUCUCUCGACCUCUCGCAAAAGAAAGAUAUUCUCCGCCGCGUCCUUCACUCGCCUCAGUUUUCACAGAGUCUUGCCAGUUUGACUGUUGCUCUGAGGGAGGGUGGCUUGCCUAGUAUUAGUGAAGCUCUCGAAAUUCCGGUGGAAAAUGGAGGCUUUAUGCGCAGGGGAGGUGUGCCGCUUGGGGAUGGUGAUGCUGUCGAUGCUUUUCUCUCCGGCGUUCGGGAUCAUGUAAAAGAAAGACGCUCGAAGCAAGGGCAUGGUGGCAUGGAAACAGAUUGACCCUUGCCAUUGUUUCCUUCACAGCCUGCAUGUCUGUGUCUAUAUGUUUCUUUUAAGUUUCGAAUAAAUAAUCAAUGAUACCUAUCUUACAGAGUAGGCUGUUUCACAUUGCAUGGCUAUUUUUGGAAGCCUUUAGCGUUAUGUACAGGUGGUGUCUACAGUACAGAGAUACCUUAGAAGCUCUCUACAUAGACAGUAUUACAG